AUGAAACUGAUAUACAAACCCUUUUUUAACGCUUUGAUGGAGAACAUUUGCGGUGGUAAUGCUGAACUUCAAGUAUCAAAUGUGCCCACAAUUGUUUUGUGGAUCGCGCGUUUCGUUUUUGUGCACCAUGAAAGCGGGGAUGUGGAUGCGAGCUCAUUGAGCAAAACCCCACGAAAACGCGGUGUUAAGGGAGUGCCAAGAGCUAAGCACCGAGAAAAUUCUGCUCUCGUGCGGCGUGAAGAAGUGGGCUGGCCAAGCAUUCAAAUAUCCUCCUGUCGUAUCCUACAGAAAAUAGCCAAAUCUGAUAAGUAUCUCGCACUCCUGUUGGCGAACGGAGUGGACCAAAAGUUGAUGGAUUUGAUUAUUACCAAGUCGACGAACAUAGACGUGCAUGGAGCCGCUGCAAAAGCCCUAUCGUACCUACUUCGGGAUGAGGUGGUUCGAAUGGUUGUGACCUUGUCAGGCAACACGGAGUCACGCUCGGCCGCUCUGGCGGCGCUAGGCUUCCUGAUUGUGGACAACCAACUCGCUUGCAAAGAGUCGUGGUCCCACUCCCUCCCUCUUGAUGACCGUUUGAAGGCCAAGGUCAAUCAGUUGUCAUGGCUGUGGGAAGAAGCCUUUGUGAUCAUUGAGCAAACUAAAUUUGACCAUCAGGGCACGUGUACCCCGCCCCACAGUACAGCGUGGCGCAUCGACGUAAUGCCACAUAUAAUGGCUUUGCGUUGCCCCAAAGACCAAACCAAUGGUCUCUACCACCUUAUAAAAUGCGGAUUUCGCAUAUUCUCCGACAACCGAGACACCCAAUACUUUUGCACUCUUUUUAAGGGUCUUGGAAGAGUUAUGUAUGGUGCAGUCUUUGCAAGACCAGUCCUCUCCCCUAGCCGGCAUCGCGAUCAAAAACAUCCUCGGCGCAAAUCCCAUCCUGAAAUUCGCAAUGACUGGGUUCUUAGGCAAGUUCCACUCCCAAGUCUUCUUUGUUUUCCCCCUAAAGUAGAUUUCUCGGAUAUCACCGGAAAUAUAUUCUAUGAUGUGGGUCCGCUGAAGGCGUCAGAUCGAUUGAAAAGCCUCCAGUUUUAUGCAAAGGACCCAGUGAAUGACGCUAGACCAGUUUGGAUUCUUAAUAUAACCGAGAUUGGGACGGAAGAGGCAACUGGUUUUUCUUUGCCAUACGAUCCAGAGCUGAGGAAAGCCGUCCAAAUAUGUGUUGCCAAGAUUGGGGCAAGCACAGAUGCGAACGAGAAGGCCGAGACUCUAGCCAUGUAA